AUGGACGAUAUUGAUGACCAUAGAGGGCUUUUCUUUUUAUGUUUACUCGCUUUUUGUUUCCUUGGAAUUCUUAGUAGAUUCAUCAACCUUAUUAUCUCUGGGAAAUGGUACGACGACGACGAUAGCCAAACGAAUGAAGCAAGAUCAGGAACAACAACCCAACAACAGGAACAGCAACAUAUGACAGAAAAUACUACUGCAAGUGCCCAAUCUGAAAUUCUAAAUAUUAUUAGUAGUAUGCUUAACGGUAAUACAAGUAUGGGAAUAGAUUUUUCUUCACAACCAAGGAAUGAUCCAUCCACUGCCACUGAGUGCACAUUAAAUUUAGUCGAGAUCGGAACAUCUUUGCCAUCUGAGUGCACUAUUUGCUUAGAAGAUUUUCAUGCAGAUAAUCAACAUGGAGGAGAUCAUAAGAUAUGCAUGUUGCACGAGUGCAAACAUAUGUUUCAUGCUGAUUGCAUUAAGAUGUGGGUUAACUCUAAACAGGGAAUAUCAACCCAUACUUGCCCCAACUGCAGAGUAAGCCUAUGA